GCAAGAAGGAAAGUGGGCGGUGUUAUUGCUGCGAAAAGAAAGAAGGAUAGCAUUUUCGGAUUUUCCCACCAUCAAUUUCUGCAGCAGCAGCAACAGAAGAAUAUGACACUACAUAUUCUCCUCCUCCACUCUCUCUAGUUCUCCUAUAAAUAACCAAAAAUCCCUCUCUCUUUCACCCUCAAUUAUUUCCCCGAAAUCAAAAAUAAAAAUGGAGGCUUAUGCAUUACAUAUGGCCAUGGCGGCUUUAGUUGGUGCAUCAUUUGUUGCUGUUUCCGCUUAUUAUAUGCACCGGAAAACCCUAAAUCAAUUACUCGAGUUUGCUAAAUCAGUUGAAAAAGACAGAGAAAAUGGUGUUACUGAUGAUGAAGAAGAUGAGAAGAAUGUUCUUGAGGAUGAAAAGCGGUUUAAUAAUAAAAAGUAUGUCGAGAAAAGAAAGAAUCGGCGGAAAGGAGGUGGAUUAAUUGGUUAUUAUCGCCGUGUUUCUAAUUCUUUACCCGAUGUUACUAAGAUUAACGGCGGUGGAGAUGAGAAGCUUGUUAAUGGUGGUCGGUUAGAUAUGAUUGAUGAUCGGAUUCCUCCGGGUUUGUCCAGAUUACGGAAACUUCCUGAAGCGCAUGAGUUCAAGAUGUUUAAAGUUAGGUUGAAGUAUGAAUUAAGUGGACAACCUCUUGGUAAGGUAAAUUCGACAAAGUCAGUUCGACCAGCUUCUCCUAAGUCUCCCGUUGCUAGUGCUAGUGCGUUUGAGAGCGUUGAGGGAUCAGAUGAUGAGGAUUUGACUGACAAUUCUAAGCUUAACUCUAGCUAUUUGCUUGCUAAUGGAGAUGCUGGGGCAGAAAGCAUUUUCCAAACUGUGCCUAAUCACAUGAAUGCCGUUGUGGAGCAAAAUCCUAUUCCUGCAGCCAGCAUGAUUCGUUCUCACAGUGUAUCUGGCGAUCUCCAUGGUGUCCAGCCUGAUCCAAUAGCAGCGGACAUUCUUAGAAAAGAGCCAGAACAUGAAAGUUUUAUGCGGCUGAAAAUCACUCCAAAUGAGGUACCGUCUCCCGACGAAGUGGAAGUGUACCAGGUCCUUCAACAAUGCCUUGAAAUGCGAGAACGUUAUCUAUUCAGGGAGGAAGUUGCUCCUUGGGAGAAAGAAGUCAUCACCGAUCCUAGUACCCCAAAGCCUAAUCCUAAUCCAUUUUCGUAUUCUCCAGAAGGGAAAACUGAUCAUCACUUUCAGAUGGAGGAUGGUGUUGUUCAUGUCUACGCUAAUAAAGAUUCAACAGAGGAACUUUUUCCUGUAGCUGAUGCGACAACUUUCUUUACUGAUCUACAUCGCGUCCUUAAAAUUAUUGCUGCUGGGAAUGUCCGAACUUUAUGUCAUCACAGGCUGAAUCUUCUAGAACAAAAAUUCAAUCUUCAUUUGAUGCUUAAUGCGGAUAGAGAAUUCCUUGCUCAGAAAAGCGCUCCACAUCGUGAUUUUUACAAUGUUAGGAAAGUUGAUACCCAUGUCCAUCACUCAGCAUGCAUGAACCAGAAACACCUUUUGAGGUUUAUAAAGUCAAAAUUGAGGAAAGAACCAGACGAGGUUGUUAUAUUCCGAGAUGGAACAUAUCUGACAUUGAGAGAAGUGUUUGAGAGUCUGGACUUGACUGGGUAUGAUCUCAAUGUAGAUCUGCUUGAUGUUCAUGCAGACAAAAGUACCUUUCAUCGUUUUGAUAAGUUCAAUCUCAAGUAUAAUCCCUGUGGUCAAAGUAGACUGAGGGAAAUUUUCCUUAAGCAAGAUAAUCUUAUCCAAGGUCGUUUCCUUGGUGAGCUGACAAAGCAAGUGUUUUCUGAUCUGGGUGCUAGUAAAUACCAGAUGGCCGAAUAUAGAAUAUCAAUAUAUGGCCGAAAGCAGAGUGAGUGGGAUCAACUUGCCAGUUGGAUAGUCAAUAAUGAUUUAUACAGUGAAAACGUUGUUUGGUUGAUUCAGCUUCCACGGCUGUACAAUAUCUACAAAGAAAUGGGAAUCGUGAAAUCGUUCCAGAAUAUGCUUGAUAACAUUUUCCUCCCUCUAUUUGAAGUUACAGUUGAUCCAGAUUCACACCCUCAGUUGCAUGUUUUCCUGAAACAGGUUGUUGGAUUAGAUCUGGUGGAUGAUGAAAGUAAGCCUGAAAGACGCCCAACAAAACACAUGCCUACACCUGAAGAAUGGACCAAUGUUUUUAAUCCGGCUUUCUCAUACUACAUCUAUUACUGCUAUGCAAACCUCUACACUUUGAAUAAGCUGCGCGAGUCAAAGGGCAUGACAACAAUCAAAUUUCGUCCACACUGCGGCGAGGCAGGGGAUAUUGACCAUCUUGCUGCAACCUUUAUUACAUGCCACAAUAUUGCUCAUGGAAUCAACUUGAGAAAAUCUCCUGUCCUUCAAUACUUAUAUUACCUUGCACAGGUUGGAUUGGCUAUGUCUCCACUUAGCAACAACUCCUUAUUUUUGGAUUAUCACCGGAACCCUUUCCCCACGUUUUUCCUUCGAGGCCUAAAUGUUUCUCUUUCAACUGAUGAUCCUCUACAAAUCCACUUAACCAAAGAACCAUUAGUGGAAGAAUACAGUAUAGCAGCUUCAGUGUGGAAGUUAAGUGCAUGUGAUCUGUGUGAAAUUGCCCGCAACUCAGUUUACCAAUCAGGGUUUUCACAUGCUCUCAAGUCUCACUGGAUUGGAAAGUCAUACUACUUGAGAGGCCCUGAUGGCAAUGAUAUUCACAAGACAAAUGUGCCUCAUAUCCGUGUAGAAUUCCGGGAUACGAUCUGGAGAGAAGAGAUGCAACAGGUUUAUAUAGGCAGAGCAAAGAUCCCUGAAGAAGUUGAAAAGUGAAAGGACUUAAAUGUGACAGCUUUAUUCUUAUCUCAAUCCCUUACCUGUAGAGGUCAGGUGCGAGGAAGUGGGAAAAGGGCCCGAUUUAUAAAGGUUAUUCCCAUCGAAGAGCUAGCAGCUGAUGAAGCUAAGACAGACAUUGCCUGCUGACGACUUGGAGAAAGAGCAGGCGCUGGACACAAGCGACCAGUGUGUGACUUCUGGAACCCAGCUUUCAGGGUCACAAUUUUAAUCUUCCUUUUGUUUUGAAUAAAUCAUUAUAAAUAAAGAGUUGUAAGUUCGCCAAAACAACCCUAUUGGGUCAUCUGAAAAAUUACCACGCUGAACUCCUUCACAUUUUUUGGGAAGGAACUUUUUUAAUUUAUGAAAAAAAGUAUGAUUGAAAUUGCAAGUUUUUCUGAA